AAAAUGCAGCCUCCGCGGCGCCGCUUUGUGACGUAGCGACGCGCAAACAGUCACACAAGAGGAAAGUGGAAAAGUUCAAUUCUCAAAGAAAAAUGGACGAGAAGUUGAUCCUCGGGGUCUACGAGUACCCGGAGCUUUAUAAUUCUACGCUCCCAAUAUAUCGUAACAUUGACAGGAAAGCAGAAGCUUGGCGGAAGAUCGGCGCUUUAGUGGGGCUGUCCGCGGACGAGGCCAAGAGGAAGUGGAAGAACCUGCGGGACCGGUACAUAAAGGAGAUCAAGCUGGAUCGGACCCGGGCGGGCCGCGCGGCUCACAGGCAGUGGCGUUUCCUGCACUUCCUCGAGUUCCUCAAGCCGUUCGUGAGGGACCGGCAGCGCAGGGCGGGCGAGCAGGACUACAGCACAACGUCCGACGAGGGCGACGACAAGCGCCUCUUAAACCUGCCGGCCAAGCUGGAGCCCAGACGGCUGCCCAAACUGGAGCCCCUGGCCGUGCCCCAGCUGGCCCACCUCACGCAGCUGGCCCUGGUGACCCAGCUGACCCCCAUACCCGCGCCCCGCGCCCUGGCCCCGGCCGCGCCCGGCCCCGCCGCCGUCCCCGCCUCCGCCCCCGUCGCUCCCCUCCCCCCGGGCGGCCCCUCCACGGGCCCUGCGGGGAGGAGCGCGUACAGGAAGAGGAAACGGGCGGACAGCGGAGACCUGCUCACCGACGAGGACGAGCUCUUCCUCCUCAGCCUGGCUCCCGCCAUGAAGAGACUCAGUCCCCAGAAACGCUGCCAGGCCAAAAUGAGGAUGCAGCAGAUCAUGUUCGAGGUGGAGUUCAUGUGAAAGGACACUUGCCGACACCACAUAUAUAAGCACACACCCAGUAGUUUAUGAUGAAGCAACCAUCCCUGAGAGUUGAAGAUUUCAGUACUUUUUUUUGGAAUACACAAUAAAAGUUCCUAUGUUGUAUAAUUAUCUGGAACAAUGGUGAUUUUGAUUUAUUUGUGCCAACUCCAGACUGUAGUUUGUCCAGUUGCCGGUUCCGUGCCAGUUCCGACUGGCUGGUUGCUGCAUAGGGUGAUGUGUAGCUGGCGAUUGCCUCUUCCUGGGUACAGGAAGGUUGAGUUGUUUUGCAUUCUGACUUUCAUCACUGGUCAAUCAGGUACCUAUGGACUGCUGUAUGUAGAGGGUCUUCCUUUGACUCAACUCUGUGAGCUGUGCCUGGAGGCUGCUGUGUGCAAGCAGCAGGGUGGCGAUGCCACGCGUUUGGGAGAACGGUGGACGUAGUGGCGGUGGGGUUCAUGCAUGAAAGUGGCUGCAGUUGCAGAUGGUUAAACAUUCCAUAUUAGUUUCGGAAUUGGACAUACAUUUGCUUUAAUACCAACUUAAUGUGAUACAGUUGGAGAAAUGAUGUGCAUUCAUGCUAUGAAACUACUGUAAAACGCAUCGAUACACCGAUCAGCCACAACAUUAAAAUGAUUAAAAUGCUUUAAACAGGAUAAACUUGUCUAUAAACACUUAAUAUUUCAUUUUAUGACAUGUGUACUUAUAUACGCAGAUAAUUAUAAGUGAAUU